CUCUAACACUUUCCAAAUAAUCCGGGAGACUUUGACUUCCUAUUUAAGUAGCAGAGAGGGAGAGAUUUUUACAAAGUUUCCAAAUCAAUGACGAGCCAAACUGAUUCUCUCAUCUUCCUCCCAACUAUUCUACUCUUCCUAAUCGCAUCCACCACCUUAAUCAAUCAUACCCAAUCUCAAACCCAAGAACAGAGCUCAAAUUACGACCUCUGCCCACCAUUCAAUUGCAGCAACAUAACCUUCAGCUUCCCUUUCUCGCGCUCCUCAUCCUUCGGCUCUGCCCAAUUUGACUGUGGUCUCCCUGGUUUCCAAAUCACCUGCGACCAUUCCUCAUCCAUCCCCAGCAGCAUUGAGUUCUCCGGCCGCCACUACCAAGUUAAACAACUCUUCUUAUCGGACCUUCUCGUCACCGUUGUCGAUCACACGCUAAUCAACGAUAUUAAAUUAGGUUCGUGUACGUCUCUUGAGAACCUCACAAAUUCAAUUUCCAACGGCACUGUCGGCGGCGGCGCAGCCCUAGCUCUUCCUGUGGGAGGUGUCAACCUCACCGUCUUCAAGUGUCCGAUUGCUCUCCCCAGUAGAUUCUUUAAUGAAGUUGUGGGUAAUUACAGUUGCAAAGAUGGGAAUUAUUCAGCUUACAUUUGGGGUGGGACUGGGACUCGUCGGCCUGUGGGUCCGCUGGAGAUGCCGAUUGGGUGCGAGCAUGUGAGUUUGCCUGUGUCUGGUGCAAGCUUGCCUCUGCUUGCGUCUAAUAAUAUCACCAACGGUAGUGGUGAUGGUUCUCAGACGCUUCUUGCCCAAGUGUUGAGUAAUGGGUUUCAGCUGGGAUGGCCUAAUAUCACCGACUGCGAUGUUUGUCAGAUGAGAGGUGGACGGUGUGGAUUCGACGGCAGCUCCAGGGGAAUAGUCUGCUUCUGUCAGGGCGGCUGUAUUAAGCAAAAAUCAAAUAGAUGGAAGCUCAUUGUAGGUAUUGCAACUGGAGGCAUUUGUGCUCUGCUUGCUGUAGUCUUACUGCUCAUGUUCAAGUACAAAAGGAGAAUCGCUACAAUCUUCAAGCCAUCAUAUUCUGGAAAGAAUCAAACGACAGGAGAUCAAAGAAAAGCAAAGGAAUUCUUUAAGAAUUACCAAUCAACCUUACUGACAAACUACUCAUACAAUGAUAUAAAGAAGAUGACCAACAACUUCAAAGAAAAAUUAGGGGAAGGUGGAUAUGGAAAUGUCUUCAAGGGAAAGUUGCCACCAGAUGGCCGGUUCAUUGCUGUCAAAAUGCUCAUGGAUUAUAGAGACAACAGCCAAAAUUUCCUUAGCGAAAUCACCUCCAUUGGUAGGAUUCAUCAUGUUAAUGUUAUACGUUUAUUAGGCUUCUGUUGGGAUGGCUCAAGACAGGCUCUUGUUUACGAGUACAUGCCUAACAAAUCGCUAGGGGAUUUGUUACAUAAAGGGGAGGUAAGUGUUUCAUUGGGACUUACACGAUUACAUGAAAUUUCCAUAGGAGUUGCACAUGGACUAGAGUAUUUGCACAAUGGUUGCGACUCACGAAUCUUGCACCUUGAUAUAAAGCCUCAGAAUGUGUUGUUGGACCAGAAUUUUGAUCCCAAAAUUUCUGACUUUGGAUUGGCAAAAGUAUACUCUCGAAAUCAAAGUGCAGUCACGAUGACAAAAGCAGGAGGAACCAUUGGUUAUAUUGCUCCCGAGAUCUUGUUCAGAAAUCUUGGCAAACCUUCUCAUAAAUCAGAUGUUUAUAGCUUUGGAAUGUUGUUACUAGCAAUGGUUGGUGCAAAGACGCAAGUCCAGCCAGAGGCGAACACUUCGAGUGAAGCACAGUUUCCGGGUUGGAUUUAUGACAAGCUCAUGAUUGAUGAAGAAAGGGACAAUAUGGAGCUUGAAGAUUUUGUUGUUGGAGAGGAAGUUUAUAUAGCGAGGAAGAUGCUCAAGGUUGGGCUAUGGUGCAUCCAAAUAAAUCCGAAAGAUCGUCCCUCCAUGGCAAGAGUGGUGGAAAUGUUGUGUGGCAAUGUGGAAGCCAUUGAAAUGCCUCCAAAGCCCAUCUUCUUCUCACCUCCUCGCAAGCAACUUGAGCAGGAGACUAUUAUUAGCUCCAAUGAAAGCGAAAGCAGUGUCUUAGCUCUCACUAGCUCUCGCAAGUGGGAGGCAUGAAAAUGUAAAAAAAUAGAACCCAAAUGACCAAAAAAAGAAGAGUUGCCUAGGGUUGUUUUGAGGAUGAUGAGAAUCAUCUUCAUGUGGUGGUGAAGAUGAUUGGAAGAUGAUGAGCCAUGGUCUUCUUUCAAAUCAUUCAGUUACUCAACUCAGUUGAACAAGCAUUGAUGUUUCCCACUUCAUCUUCUCAUUUAGUGACAAGAUCUCGCAAAAUUUGACAAGGGGGUAAUUUUAUUUCCAUAUAUUAAUUAUUUUCAGUUCUCAAUCAAA